AAAUUUUAUUCCUUAAAUCAUAAUAUAUUUUAAAUUUUCUAUGGAUUUAACGUAUAAUAGUGUUCAAUUAUCGGCAUCUAUAGGACAUAUAGCUCUCCCGAUGGCGAUGACUGUCUGUGGUAAAAUUUUCAAACAAGUGACGACACCUUGAUCGGUACGUACUUACGCACCGUGGACGAUAAGCUAUUAAAAUAAUUUUAUUCAUGAUAAAUCCAUCGAUAGGAACCAUAGAACUACCAUACUCAUAGACGGAGCAUAUAGUAGUAGUCACUAGUCCCUCGGUGAGAGUUAGGCAAGGUUUAUAGAUAAUAGAGGUUGCCUCACAGUCGUGUAAACAAAACGAACCCCCCGCCAUGUGACGUCAUUGCCGUCCACCACUAUUGUACGAAUACAAUAUGCCUUACGACACUUGUUUAUUUUCAUUGAUCUUUCGAUUUUAGUACCUACUAAAAUGUUUCAUUACUGUACUUGUGGGGCUAGGUGCCUAAUGCAUGUUAUUUUGUAAUAUUUUCUUCAUUUUUUUAAUUUUCAUUACAGACUCGAUUUACAUGAGGUUUUUCGUAAAUUGUAGAUAAUUUUCAAAUUAUAACGUGGCUUACAUAGUUACAAACAACUAACUCUUCUGUCGAUCCCAGAAAACUUGAUUGUAAAAUAGAAAUACCACUGAACUCUAUACACGGAAGGCGCGUUGUAUCGGGGGUACGAAACUCCGUGAACUGGCCGAAUCGGGCGAUUGUGGCCUUGAACACGGUUCCAGGGGGGCGUGGCAUACGUGGAAUAGGGAAUGGUAAACAGGCUGACCCCGCGUAGCGUAUCCCGCCUAUGUUUCGGAAAACGUUUACGUAAACAUGUCUAGCAUGAUGUUGGUGCGCGGAAACGUUUCCAUGUUUUUCGGAGGUUCAGACUUCAGAUCAUAGGGAAACAAAACCCCAAUCAGCUGAUCGAGUUUCGCUUCUAUAUUGUUCUAUGGUUGUAUAUAAUUCAUGACGUGUUGAAAGUGUCCCUAUAUCGAGGGCUGCCAUUUUUAUUCCGCGAGUGUCCUUAUCAUAGACAUAAUAUUAUAUUAUGUCUAUGGUCCUUAUCGAUGAUUUUUCAUGGAUUGAAUUAAUUAUCAGCUCAUCUUCUUCCAAAUACCAGUGCAUCCACGGUUAAUAUCUUUUAACCGAAGGUUGGUAUCUUUACUUUUUAUGUAUUAUUCCAGAUAAUUUUUUUUGUAUAUUCCACGAGAUAAAUCAAAAUGUCGGUCUACUAAAGUGCGAGUGUGGGACGCUUCUUUUCCCAAUGUGUUUUCCAUAGUUCAGUGAGAAAUACACCCGUGGGCGCAAUUAGCUAUUUGGGUUCAAAGACCCAUCCAAUGUGGUUUUACAUAAUAAAUCGAGCGGUGUUUUUCUAUUUUAAUUGUCCGAGCGAGCGCACCGAGUGACUACGCCAGGUGUAUAUGUGCUUUUACAUUUUUUGUGUAACUCCGAGACCCACCCAAGGUAGUUUUACAUAACAAACCGAGAGGACGUUUACGAAUGUAAUUGUCCGAGUGACCGCAGACAGUAAGUGACUACGCAGCGUGUGUAUGAACAUUUUCAAUUAGGCAUAACUUGACAAUUUAGCCUGACCGCCAAAUUCUGACUUCGUCGUCGUUACGAGUGACUAUGAUGGCCGACCAUAAUUAUAAAAAUAUGCUGGACAGUUUUCGGACUAUCGACUUGCAAACAUUAUUGGGAGCUUUUGGUCGAAGUAUAGGAGGACGAAAAUCUGAAUUAAAAUAUCGGGCACUUGAAUUAUUAAGAACUAGAUCACCUGGCUUAAACCACGCGGAAUAUCUAUCAAAAAUACAUGAAAUAUAUCGUUCCAUGCCAAUAGUAAUGUCUAAUAAUAAUGCUAUUAUGAAUCACAGCUUAUUACAAACCCAACAGAGACAAAUGAUGGGACAGAUACAGGCCCCUCAACAAAGAAUGUACCAACCUGCCCCACAAUAUCCUCAACAGCCAAUGCAUAUGGCCCGAGGUGGGAUACCACAGGUUAUGUCCCAAAUUCAAAGAGGCAUUUAUCAUAAUACCUUUAGUGCAAAUACUAUGGCUAAUAAUAACAUUCAAUAUAUAUCGGGCAGUUAUCAGCCUUCUGGACCUCGUUCUAUUACGUCAUCUCAUUUGUCCUCAAGUCAGCAAAUGAAUGUGGCGCCACAAGGUCCAUUGGGAUAUAAUAUGCAAGGAAUGACAGUUGGAAAUAAUUCUUAUACUCCAUCUCCUGAAACUGUUGCCCAAAUCAAGUUCAAAAAGUUACCAUUUUAUGAGGUAAUUGACGUAGUUCUUAAGCCAACUUUUCUAGCUGGCACGGACAAAUUUUCAUUACAAAAGAUUCCUAAAGGUUUAAAAGAAUCGCUAUUCAAACUUUUUCUGCCCAUUGAGGCUAUCAAUGUUGUUGCCAUUAAUCGUGAUGUAUCUCCGGGGAAAGAAGAAUUUCCCUACCAGUUCCAGAUUAGAAUUUGUCAGUUAGCGGAACCUAUGAGUGAUGAGGUAACAGAUUGUAUGCCUCUUGGAAUAUACAUUCGUGUAAAUGGGAAAUCAUGUUCAUUACCACUUAUGGCUUCUAAUAAUCGGCCAGGAGCUGAAUCCAGACGAUAUCCAAGACCUAUAAAUUGCACUCAACAAAUCAAACUUUCGCCAAUCACUCCCAACAUCAUCAAUAUAAAUUGGACUGAUACAAAAAAUUAUGCUAUGGGUAUAUAUCUUGUAAAAAUAGUAAGUUCAGAAACGUUGAUACAAAGACUUAAAGAUAAAGGAGGUAGGAGUUCGGAAGAGACCAAAAACUAUAUAAUUGAAAAGUUAACAGAUGUCGACCCAGAUUUGGCCACUACAUCUUAUCGAUUUUCUUUGGUGUGUCCAUUGGGUAAAGUUAGAAUGGAGAUCCCUGCAAAAUCUAUCCAUUGUGAUCAUUUGCAAUGUUUUGAUGCGAGUGCAUUUAUUUUAAUGAAUGAGAAAAAGCCAACAUGGAUGUGCCCAACUUGUAACAAACCUUGUUUGUAUGAUGACAUACAAAUACAAGAUUAUUUUUUGGAAGUUGUUUCAAGUUCAACACUCGAUGAUUGCAGCAAGGAAAUUGAAUUUUUACCUGAUGGCACAUGGAUAGUAUAUGAAGAAAAUAAAGAGACAAAAACCACAAAUAGUACUUUUGAUGCAAAAUUAAAAACUAUCGAUUCUGUGAAUUUAGACAGCGACGAAGAAAAAUCUGUUGAUAAAAAAAUAGAACUUAACGCCGAUACUGUCAAACGACCAGAAAACGAAAACUUGAAGUUUGUUGACCUUACUUUAAGUGAUGAAGAAGAAGAACCACCAAACGAAAAAUAUAAACAAGAAAAUGAGGCAUCAGGCUGCUGAUGCUAUACAACCAGUUGCCGUUGUUGAUUUAAAACCACAAGCUCAAGUACAGCCACAACAAGCUGUUACCAGUUCUGAGCAAGGAGUAGUAAUUGAAAUAGACAGUCCAUCCUAUCCUUCAAGUCCUAUCCCCACAACUGAAACCUCCUAAUUUUUAUUAGUAUUGUAAUUAAAACAAUUUUGAGAAACAUUGAUUUUAUGAUGUAUAAGUUCUACUCGUAUAGUAUAGGGUAUGGUAGGGUAUCCUAUAAGAUACAAUUAAUUCUUAAAAUGUUAUAUUUAAUAAUUAUUAAAAUUAUAAUAUAAUAAUAUCCUUCAUUUCUUUUUAUAUUAUUUAAUUAUUUAUUAUUUUAACAUAAUUUUAAUUUAAUAUAGUGAAAACACAUGCUCUUUAAAAUACUUUUUAUGUCAGUGAUCUCAAACUUAAAUUAUCAACAGGCCUAUAUAUUAAUUAUAUGUCAAUGGUAUGAGGGAAAAACACAUUUUUACUUAUCUUAAUACUAAAUCCAAAAUCAACUAAAUAAAUGAAGACAACAUUUAUUUA